CUUUUCGGUCUCAAAAUAAUCAAAACGAAGGGUUAGAGAGAGAAACAAAACCCCGAAACCAAAAAAAACAAACAAACAAACAAAGGCAGGCUAGAGAGAGAAACAAUCCUCAAGAGAAGAGAGAGAGGAGAGAGAAAAGUGUGUUGAAAGACCAAUCUGACCUCCGUGUCCGGCUGCUUCUUCUUCCUCCUUCUCCUCCUCCUCUCUCUUCCGCCUCUCCCUGUGUUCCACCAUGAAUGAGAAGGCCAACGUUACCAAGGAGCUUAACGCCCGCCACAGAAAGAUAUUAGAAGGGCUUCUUAAGCUGCCAGAAAAUAGGGAGUGUGCUGAUUGCAAAGCUAAGGGACCACGAUGGGCUAGUGUUAAUUUAGGCAUUUUUAUAUGUAUGCAAUGUUCUGGGAUCCACAGAAGUCUUGGUGUUCACAUAUCAAAGGUACGGUCUGCUACCUUGGAUACCUGGCUUCCAGAGCAGGUUACUUUUAUACAGUCAAUGGGGAAUGAGAAGGCAAAUAGUUAUUGGGAGGCGGAGCUACCACCAAAUUAUGACAGAGUUGGGAUUGAGAAUUUUAUUCGUGCAAAAUAUGAAGACAAGAGAUGGGUUCCUAAGGAUGGCAAACCAAGAUCACCAUCUCAAGUACAGGAGGAAAAACCUUCUUUGCAUGGGCAGAGGCUUGUGGAAAGAAGUGGAUCAGGGUAUUCAGGCCAUUCUGAAAAUUUGUUCGAUGGAAGGAAGAGAGUUCAAACUCCUAGUGCGAAAGAGAGUAUACCUGCCUCGAGAGUUAGUCUUCCUGUUCCUCCGAGAGGACCUGAACAAGUUGCUCCAGCCCCCAACCCACGCCAGGAGCAAAAACCUGAACCAGUUGUACAGCAAGCUGAAGCAACAAAACAGACUACAAAUGAUGCCCCAGCUGUCUCUCCUCCAAAAGUUGAUUAUGCCACUGAUCUUUUUAACAUGUUAUCGUUUGAUGGUCCCUCUGAUAAUGGGUUAGCAGCAGUUUCUACAGAUGAUAGUGCAUGGGCUGGCUUCCAGUCUGCUGAAGAAGCAUCAUCAGCAGAGAAACCUGGUCCAGCAAAACCAGCUGAAGCCAUUCCCCAAUCCACUUCUGGAAUUGAGGAUCUUUUCAAAGAUACAACUACAGCUUCACCUUCUUUAGUUCCUGAAAAACCCGUGAAAGAUGUUAAAACUGAUAUAAUGAGUCUUUUUGAAAAGUCCAGUAUGGUCUCUCCAUUUGCUAUGCAUCAACAGCAACUUGCCAUGCUAGCUCAGCAACAAUCACUUCUCAUGGCUGCCGCAGCUAAAUCAACUGCUGGGGACCCAAAAUUUAGCAAUACUUCUCAUCAACAGCAACUUGCCCUGCUAGCUCAGCAACAAUCACUUCUCAUGGCUGCUGCAGCUAAGUCAGCUGCUGGGGACGCAAAAUUUAGCAAUGCCCAAACCUCUGUCCCCAAUGGUACCAAUGUUCCUCCUCAAAGUUGGCCAAAUGUUGCCUACCCGAUUCCUGGAUUGAUGAUGCAGAUAGGUGCCCAGGGUGGGCUGCAAGCUACAGUGCAGGCAAUGAACAGGGGGCUGGCAAAUCCAGUUGGGAGUUCUGUUCCAUAUCCAACAUCUAGCCUUUAUAGCCUCGGCCAAGUUUCUUCUGUGCCGGUCCCAGUGAAUGGUGUGACCCCCACAGCAAAAAAUAAACCUCAAUCGACAGCAUCGGUAUCAUCGGCUACUCCUUCGCAGUCGGGAAAAGAGUACGAUUUCUCCUCUUUAACCCAAGGUAUGUUUUCAAAACAUUAAACUGGUGUUGGAAUGAGAGGAUGAUGCUGGGAUUAUUUGAUGGUAUACCAAGAAAGCUAAAUCGCAGAAAGAUAGCAGUGUCCAAUUUUUCCACCUGUACUGGGGAUUGUAACCUAUUACUUGUAGAGGCAGUCUCAGUUUUCAUAAUUUUAUAUUGUUCUUUUUUUCGAGUGAUUUCUUUAUUUGUAUGAUGAGUAGCUAUGACUUGACCAAUAAAGAAGGGAUUAGAUUAAUAUGAUUUAUCAUCUAUACCAUUUUGUAGUUGCUUUA